CAUUAAUUAAUUAGGAUGCGUAACCCAACAAGAACUCUCGCAAAUUGGACUUUUGAGAAGAAAGGAAAGAGGCCGAAGAGCAGAUACAGAGAGAGAGAGAUGGCAAUGCCAUGGAACAUGACUCUUUGGAUGGCCGAGAUGGUCUGGUUGGCUCUCACCGGCUGGGUCUCCUCUUGCUUGACUGUCGCUGACGAGCUCGCCACCUCCCUCAGAACCGGAGAUAUUGGCCCUUUCAAUGUCGGCUGAUAUUCCCCGAUCACUCCCUUCCUUAUGUAAGUUG